CGGGCACUGUGAUGCUGCAGGGCAGCUGCUGGCCCGGCAUGUCUGUCCCCGGCCCCCUCCCGCCCAGUGUGUCACAACAGCGGAGGCGGCUGUAUCUGGAGCAGUUGGGGUGGGCAGGCCCAGCUGGGAAGUGAGCGGGUGAGAAGAGCGGCCGCGAUGCGGGAAUGCAUAUCUGUCCACGUGGGUCAAGCUGGAGUUCAGAUUGGCAAUGCUUGUUGGGAACUCUUCUGCCUGGAGCAUGGCAUCCAGGCGGAUGGCACCUUUGGUGCUCAGGCCAGCAAGAUCAACGAUGAUGACUCCUUUACCACGUUUUUCAGCGAGACCGGCAAUGGGAAACAUGUGCCCCGGGCUGUCAUGGUGGACUUGGAACCUACUGUAGUAGAUGAGGUUCGGGCAGGAACCUACCGCCAGCUCUUCCAUCCAGAGCAGCUGAUCACAGGAAAGGAGGAUGCGGCUAACAAUUAUGCCCGGGGUCACUACACAGUGGGCAAGGAGAGCAUCGAUUUAGUACUGGACCGCAUACGGAAGCUGACAGAUGCGUGCUCUGGCUUGCAGGGCUUCCUGAUCUUCCACAGUUUUGGUGGAGGCACUGGCUCUGGCUUCACUUCUCUGCUGAUGGAACGCCUCUCUCUUGAUUAUGGCAAGAAGUCCAAGCUAGAGUUUGCUAUCUACCCUGCACCCCAGGUCUCCACUGCAGUAGUUGAGCCCUACAAUUCCAUCCUGACAACCCACACCACACUGGAACACUCAGAUUGUGCUUUCAUGGUAGAUAAUGAAGCCAUCUAUGACAUCUGCCGCAGGAACCUAGACAUCGAGCGCCCCACCUAUACCAACCUCAACCGCCUCAUCAGCCAGAUUGUGUCCUCAAUCACAGCCUCUCUCCGCUUUGAUGGGGCCCUCAAUGUGGACCUCACUGAGUUCCAGACCAACCUGGUGCCCUAUCCCCGAAUCCACUUCCCACUAGUUACCUAUGCACCCAUCAUCUCUGCUGAGAAAGCCUACCAUGAACAGCUGUCUGUGGCUGAGAUAACCAGCUCCUGCUUUGAGCCCAACAGCCAGAUGGUGAAGUGUGACCCAAGGCAUGGCAAGUAUAUGGCCUGCUGCAUGCUGUACCGGGGAGAUGUGGUGCCCAAGGAUGUGAAUGUUGCUAUUGCUGCCAUCAAGACCAAGAGGACUAUCCAGUUUGUUGACUGGUGUCCCACAGGCUUCAAGGUAGGCAUCAAUUACCAGCCACCCACUGUGGUACCAGGAGGGGAUCUGGCCAAAGUCCAGCGGGCUGUCUGCAUGCUGAGCAACACCACAGCAAUUGCGGAGGCCUGGGCCCGACUUGACCAUAAGUUUGACCUAAUGUACGCCAAGCGGGCCUUUGUGCAUUGGUAUGUUGGAGAAGGAAUGGAAGAAGGAGAAUUCUCUGAGGCCAGGGAGGAUCUGGCUGCCCUGGAGAAGGAUUAUGAAGAAGUGGGGACCGAUUCAUUUGAAGAAGAAAAUGAAGGGGAGGAAUUUUAAAUAUACAUCUUCCCCGUGGCUGGGUCUCUUUAUUUAUGCUGCUCCACUUGAAGCACAUUUAACUAGUUGAGAAUAAUAGACCAUUCUUCCAACCCCAGAGUGAUUCAUGUUUUACAUAGGAGGAGAGAGCACCAGAUUCCAGUAUUCAUGGGCGAUGUGACUGGCCAAAAGUAGAUGCUGAAUUCUAUCAGACUUUUGUUUGAGCCAAGAGUAACUUUGUCACUAAAGAAAAUGAAGGUUACUAUCUCUGGGUGAAAGUGAAGCCAAGUUACACAUGUGAGGAGGCCUAAUCAGGUUUUUAAAUUCUAGAUUAGGCUGGGUCCACUCCACUUAACACCGUCUGACCUGAUCUCAUUCAUUUAUAGGUACUUAUGAAGGCAGGAAAUGGGUGUCUUGUUUAUCACUAACUCUAGCUCUUAGGACAAGUAAGACAAAGUACACAAUUGGGCCCCUUGGAAUUUCCUGCUGAUAGAGAAAGGAAAGAUCUGGGCACUGGGAAGAUUCCAGGGAGAGAGGGAACAGGAAUCCACUAGAGAUCUUCAGCAUCCCCAGGCAUCAUCUGAACUUCCCACAUAUUAACUUGUUCAUUCAUCAAAUAUUUGAGUACAGUCAUCUCCCUUAUCCACAGGGUCCACAUUCCAAGACACCCCACUGGAUACCUACACUAUUCAGAGUACCAAACUGUAUAGUUAAUAUGAUUAUUCCUAUGCAUACAUACCUAUGAUAGAGUUUGGUUUAUAAAUUAGGCACAGUAAAACAAUAGUACUACUAGUGAAACAACAAUUGCAACAAAAUACAGUAAUCAAAGUUACAUGAGGGACUGGGGAUAGAAAUCAGUGGUAUAAUGUGUACUUAGCAUGUAUGGAGCUCUGGGUUCAUUCUGCAGCAACACACACACACCCACACAGUCAUGUGAAUUGAUCUCUCAAAAUAUCAUAGCGUACUGUGCUUACCCUUCUUCCCAUGGGACACUUAAACUAUAGGAAGCAAAACCAGAUAAAGGGUCUUACCGCAUACCUUCUGUUUUAGAGAUUGUCUCAAGAGCUAGAAAAUUAGUGGUAAGACAGACACUCCUGCCUUCAUAAAUACCUAUAAAUUAAUGAGAUCCUGUCAGAUGGUAUUAAAUAAUAUGAAGUAAAAACAGUGAUGAGAGAAAGUGUUGGAGUGCCUCUAUGGAUAGCAAGAUCAGAGAAGACCCAGAUGACACGAGUCAGAGGACUCCCCAGCAAGUCCCACAGGUGUCUGUGUAGAGAAUUUGGGUCAGGAUCUGUCAGUCCCAUCUCAGGAAGGGUCAUAUUUUCUCCUAAUGGAGGAGAGAGAUCUGUUCAUGGAUUCAGAUUACUUUCAAAGGACUUCCGAGUGUGUGAGUAUGACCCUCUAGGCCAGGGUUUAGUGCAGGGGUGAAUUCCCUUAUGUUCCUUUCUUGUAGACUUAAGUGAAUUACAUAAAUUCACUGGGGAUAUAGCUCAGUUGGUAGAGUGCUUGCCUUGCAAGCACAAGGCCCUGGGUUCAAUCCCCAGCAUCGCAAAAAAAAAAAAGAAA